AUGGCAAACGUAGACGAGUAUGAGUGCAUCUCACCUUUUAUGUUUCUGAAGGACCAUGAACGCAGCACGGACGCAUUAUACUUCACCCCAAAGUUGAUAAUACUAGAAUAUGAUAUAGGAUUGGCAAUUACAGUAAUUCCAACCUUCACUGAUGCUGCCGUUGGAUACACCAACAUAGCGACAAACACGAGCUACGACAAUUAA